GCGAACACUCCAAACAAGAGUCCAAGCGCUAAUCCACAGAAAUGGGUGCCAAAUCAGGCUCGUCUCAGGGGAAAGCAGGACAAAUUCAGGGGAUGGAGAUAGAGGAGGAGGGGGCGGGCAAUCCUAGCCAGUCAGGUGAGGCGAUGGAUAUUUCGCAACAAGCCAGCAACGAUCUCAACACUUCCAUGGAAGCCUCAUCGGCCUCCAACCCGGCUACCCAAGGGGAAGCAACGUCAACACAAGGACAAGAGAAGGAAAUGAAGGGAGACUCAGACGAUGAAGAUUGGGAGGAGGAGGAGGAAGAGGAAGAAGAGGAGCCGGACACCCUGAUCAAGUGGAUCCAGACUGUUCACAACUUGCGAUGGGAACGACACAUUGAAUGUGAAAUCCACCUGGCACACCACAAGCACCUACGUAAUUUGAAACAGGCGACAGCAACGGAGGUAGGCACCGCUUCCACAAAUCGGUCUGAGAUUCUGAGAAGGGAACAGGAGCUGAACGAGUUCUACGCCUCUCAGUACAGAUGGAAAGCCCAACAACACAAAAAUGAUAUCACGGUGCAAAAUGCGGGGUACACCAAGCAGUUUGUCUGGCCCAAAAUGUACCAGCCGCAGGGGUGGAAGAGAUCUGAAAGGAAACGGAAGAUGCAGCAGGAAGGGACUGAUCAGGUUAGUCAAGAACGCCAGGACUCUGCUCUCUCGGAAGGAGAAUCAGUGGAACAGAGACUCGCCUCAACCGAAGAGGAUCAAAUGGAGGAGGAGAAGAGGCAAGCAGUAAUACUCGAGGCUCAAAUCGGCAUCCUCAAAGAGCAAAAGAGGGAGCUGGAAGAGGACACAACCAACCUGCAGAAGAUAGCAUACGCCCCGCACACGGACAUCCACGCAGCAGCCAAGCUCCAUGCAAAAAACAGCCUAGGAAAGAGAGUCCUCCUUCCCUACAGAUGGAACGAGGGGAACUCCAAUUGGGAAGUGGCGAUCCAUCGUUCACUACCGCUCAUCACAACAGAAGACAGCAACUCCUCAAGGGAAACACUGAGGAAGCUGCUAACAGAAGACAUCCCAACCCGAGCCUAUGUAGUGGGGAAUCUGGAGGAUGACAGAGAAGACUGAACGGACUCAGCAGGGGCCACGCAGAAAGUGGACUUCAGACCAAUCAUGAUAAAGCUGCACAGCACAG